AGUCGGCACUUAUCUACCAGCGAAGGGACCAACUACACCAGCCGACAAUGUCACCGUAAUAACAUAAACUUAUCACGUUCAAAAUCCAGGCAUAUGUGAAAAGCUCACAAUCUAGGACACUCCAAGUUUUUGAGCUCGAUUCGGAAUUUUGCUGCAGGCUCCACAGACACUGAAGAUGACAAACCCGUCGCCGGUUCACCACGACAUCGUGGCCCUCGAAACAUUUUUCUGCCCCUUACCGGCAAAACUUGACAUGCCCCCAGGCCACACGUACACAAUCACACAAUAUGAUCGGACGCGGGUGGACCAGAUCGCGGAGCGCAUCCGCGAUGCCGACAUCGUCAUAAUGACCAUCAUCAACAUGUCAGCUGAGGUCCUGGCCGUGGAAGCGAGUCCCCGUUUAAAGGCGAUAUUCGACGUGGCCUCCGGGACGGACUCCAUCGACAUGGCUGUGUGUAGAGCACGGGGUAUUCACGUCGCCAACAUGCCGCAUUGCAAUGCGACCACGGUGGCGGAGCACGUCAUUGCGUCUUAUUUUGCGGCGCGGAGGUCAAUCACUCUGUCGCAUUCUUUGAUACGGAGGGGCGAAUGGCCUAAACGGGGAACACUGCUCAGAACGCUGGACGGGCCAGAUGGGAAGCUGCCGAGGACGGCUGGGAACGAGAUCAUGGGCAUUAUUGGCUGGGGUGCCGUGGGAAAGAAAGCCGCCUCAGUAGCUGAGACUUUGGGCAUGAAAGUUCUCGUCUCAGGGCGAAAAGGGGCGCCGGCCUCCGAGGGACGUACGCCUUUUGAUACCGUCAUUCGCGAGGCCACUGUGAUUGUCCUCUGCCUUCCUAGGUCGCCAGAGGUGCUGAACUUGGUCUCUACUCCUGAGUUUGAGGCCAUGCAAUCGUGUUGUGUCUUAGUCAACGUCUCUCGUGGUGGAAUCGUCGAUGACGACGCCCUGGUCAAAGCCUUGAGGGAAAGGAAAAUUGCGGGUGCGGCCUCCGAUGUCUAUCUGUAUGAACCAGCGGGGCCUGAGAAUAGCCCACUGCUGGCACCUGACACACAGGAUUUGAAUCUCGUCACCACACCACAUGUGGCCUGGUGCUCCGAGGACACAAUUAUCAGCUACAACAAUGCCCUGAAGGAGAAUAUAUCGAGCUGGUUAAAUGGGACCCCUGUGAACACGGUCAUCUAGAGGUCCAUUUUGUCUUUUGGUAUGCAAUUGGAAACACGGUAAAGGGGGGCAGAGAAAAGGCAAACAUAAUUAUAGAUUAGUUACGAUACCUGGGCAUCGGCAUAGCCCCAAGGCUGCCAGUGCCAGUGCUAGUGCCUCUUUCUAGCAUUAUCCACGCAACUUUCUCAUGACCAGUGCGAAUAGCAGCCAUGCGAGAUUAGGCUGUAUACCGUGCAUCAAAAUAUUUAGUAACCCC